AUGUCCCACCUCGACGCCAAGGUCGCCGCCAUCGUCGACAAGACGCGAGACUCGGACGACGAGGAUGCUCUGAUCGCCGAGCUCGAGGACGACGAUGCCCUCGACGGCUUCCGCGAGCAGCGCCUGCAGCAGCUCCACCAGGAGUUCUCCCGCGCCAAGCAGAUGCGCAACUCCGACCAUGGCACCUACCAGGAGAUCAAGGACGAGAAGGCCCUGAUGGACAUCACCACCUCCACCAAGCUGUGCGUCGUGCACUUUUUCCACGCCGACUUUACCCGUUGCCGCAUCAUGGACACGCACCUCGAGACGCUGGCUCCCAAGCACUUCGACACCCGAUUCCUGCGCAUCAACGUAGACAACGCCCCCUUCCUCGUGACCAAGCUCAAGGUCCAGGUGCUCCCGUGCGUCAUUGCCUUCAGCGACGGCCAGGGCGUCGACCGCAUUGUAGGCUUCGAGGGUCUUGGAUACGGCACCGACAAGUUCACUACGAGUGACCUGGAGAGGCGCCUGCUGAAGUGCGGCGUCCUGGUGCGCGAGAAGAUGACCGAGGGGGAGAGCGCUACGCUGAGGCGAGCCGCCGCUCAGAAAAAGGAGGACGAGGCAUACGACGACGACGAUGACUGGGACUGA